UAAUUAACUGGGAAAAGUUUCAGAGGGAGGUUAUCGCCUCCUCCGCUAGCAGAACCUGGCUUGGGAUCCUUAUUAUGCGUAAUUUGAAAGAUUGCAUUUGGUUGCGUCUGAAGGAUGCCAUAAUGUCUGUAUUUGGACUGGGUAAGGUCGAGUAGUCCUAAACCUGUUUGUCGGGUCAGAGAGAAAAAGCGAAUAGCUUACGUCCUGAGUGUGGGAGGGGCUCCAGACUUUUUUUGCUCAUACGCCUUGCUUGAGAUUACAACAAGGCAGCAGAGCUCGCUAUUUGUCAAAUGUUUACCAGCUACGCGUAGUCUACACCGGGGAAAGUUAUCACAUUGAACAAAAGAAACGGGGGAUUUACCGAACGUUUGCGCUUUAAACACUCACCGAUGGAGUUCUUGGAGUAGGAUUUCUUCUAACCGGCCCCAACGGUGGCUUUGAGAACGAGAGGUAACAACUCUGACUCCUUUUCCUGCAAAAAGAAAAGCAAGCUUCCCAUCAUCUCUCGUCGUGUAUGGCAGGCAUGCAGGUGUAGAGUGUAGCCAUGGCUACACAGGUGGGCGUGAGCUCAGGUGAGGGGGGGCAGACAGCCCCUGGGUCGGGGGGCAGGAAGCCCAAUCUAGCCCCGAAGCCUCACCUCAUGCCCAAGCCUUUUUCUUUGGAGAAAAAGCCCAUGCGCCAAAUAUCUGCUCCCAAGCCAUCAGUCACCAGUAAACCAGUAACACAGACGACCACUGCCCCCAGCAAGCCAGUGCCAACCACUGCCCGAAAGCCUACUCCAAGUGUUUCAACAAAGCCGGAUUUAUCGGGUAUCCCUCAGCUAGAGGAGACCAGUCCCACCACUCAAGAUGGCAGCAGUCCCAAGCCUGCCCCUGUGGUUGCUCCAAAACCAGACCUCGCUACUCACGCUCCAGAUAUCGUAUCCUCUCCUGCUACUCCAGAACCCACCACAGUCACCUCAAAGCCUGAACCAACCAGCCUUUCAAAAGCUCCUCCGACGGUUGCUCCCAAACCAGCACCCAGCGUCCCAAUCAAACCAGACCAGACAAACGUGGCCAAACCGAAUUUAGCCAAAGGUAGCGAUGCCAACCUCGACCUCGACAGUGGUUCUGUUGCCACACCAAGUCACACAGUGGAGCAGAAUCCACCAGAAGCCGAUGGUGAAGUCGAGUACAGAGGCAGGACUAGGUCUAUGGGCUACUCUAGUCGCAAAAUCAGGACAAAAUCCUGGACGCCAAACCCGGAUGCCGCUUUAUCCACCCCCCCUAGCCAGACCAACACAGAGACCUCAGAUGCAAAGACCACUCCAAGGCCUCUCCGCAACCGUCUUUCGGCAGACUUGACGUCCAUGUUCGAGGCUUCCUCUCUGUCAAUGUCCCCAUCUGUUCCGCUCAUGCCAAGUAAGAACAACAUCCAGGCGACCGGCUCUGGCAAGAAGGAGCCCGUUGCUCCCCCUGGAGGAGGACUGAAAGACAAGGGAUCUGACGCGGUCCAGACCAUCCCUGAAGAACCGAUUCCUCCAAAGCCGAAACCCACAGCGGUGCCCAGGAGGGAAUUGAAGAAACGAGAGGAGAAGGAGAACGAGAAUGAAAAAGAGAAUGAACGAGAGACAGCGGAGGAGUCGGGCGGAGGCUCCAUCAAGCGGAGGAUCAGCAUGCUUCUAGAUUCUUCCACGGCCUCCCAGCAGAGGGACUCCGUGAAGAAAGAGGACCAGCCUCCUCUGUCACCGGCUGAAAUAUCUGUAGACGUCAAGCAGCGAAUUAAAGAGCUGAGAUUGGACCCUGGGCCACCACAAAACGCCAAAAAAGGCUCUCCCUCCCAGAGGCCGGUGGAUAAAUUACCCAGUGGACCCUCAGAAGGAGCGGGCGAGGCGGAGGUACCCGUCAAAAAAACAACAGGAGUAGCAGUGGAGGAGAAGACCACCACCCCGACCACCACCGCAACGUCUGAGCCAGCCCCUGUCCUGGUGGGGCAUGCCAUAGACAGCGUGCCUGUGGUGGGCAUAGCGUGUGCAGUCAGCGAGAGCGUGGCCUUAGCUCCCCUGGAGGACAAAGCCAUGACCCUCCGGCGAUCCCGAGGCUCUAGUCUGCUCGCAGAACAGGAAGCAGCAAGGGUCUCUGGGGACAAAGAGCAGGAAGAGGAAAAGGAAGAGGACGACGAAGAGGAUGAAGAGGAGAAGGAUGCUGAGGAAAGCACUGUUUCCCCUCCUAUGCCCGUUUACCGUCGUUCAGGCCUCUUUCAAAAGCACCAGGAGGAGGAGGCUGAGAAGGACGCGGAGCGAAAGAUGAAGGAAGAGAAGGAAAGACGGGAGGAGAAGGCCCGGGAGAAACAAAGGGAGGAAGAGCUGAAGCAGAGGGAGGAGGAGAAGCAGAGAGAGUGGGAGAAACUACACCAGGAGAGGAUGAGACAACAGGAAGAAGAGAUGAAGAGACAACGUGAGGAGAAAGAGAGGGCAAGACUGAGAGAGAUUGAAGAGGAAAGAGAGAGGGAGAGACUGAGACUGGAGAAAGAACGGGAAGAGGGGGAGAAGAAGAGACAGAGGGAAGAGGAAGAGGAGAGGGAGAAACGGAGAGAGGAGCAGAGGAAGAAAGAAAUGGAGGAAGAGAUGGAGAGGCAGAGACGGAAAGAAGAGGAAGAGCGACUGAAGAAAGAAGAGGAGGAAAGAGUGAGACUUGAACAAGAGAAAGAAAGACAGAGAGCGGAGGAGGAAAGGAAAAGAGUGGAAAAAGAAAGGCAACAACGGGAAGAGGAAGACAGACUCCGACUGGAAAGAGAGAGGGAGGAACAGAAGAAGAGAGAAGAGGAGGAAAGAAUCAGACUGGAGAAGGAGCGACAGAGAGAGGAGGAAGAAAAGAUGAGAUUGGAGAAAGAGAGGGAGAGACAAAGACAGGAAGAGGAAAGAACAAGGUUGGAGAAUGAGCGCAAGAAAGAAGAGGAAGAGAAGUUAAGACAGGAGAGAGAAAAGGAGCGCCAAAGAGAGGAGAUGAUGAGGAGACAGAGAGAGGAAGAGGAAAGGAUAAGACUGGAGAAAGAGAGACAGGAAAGACUACGACUUGAAAAAGAAAGGGAGAGGCAAAGAGAAGAGGAGCUAGAGAGGGAAAAGCAGAAGAAGGAGGAGGAAGAAAGAAGGGAGAGACAGAGAGAAGAGGAGCUCAAGAAACGGAGAGAGGAAGAAGAGAGACUUGAACAAGAACGAGAGAGGCAGCGAGCGGAGGAGCAGUUACGCGCCGAGAAGGAGAGACGAGAUGCCGAAGAGAGACAGAGAGAACUGGAGAGGAGGAGAAGAGAGGAGGAGGCAAAACUUCAGAAAGAGAGGGAAGAAGAGGAGGAGAGGCUCCGGAAGGAAAGGGAGAGAAGACGACGAGAAGAGGAGGAGAGGCUGGAGAGAGAAAAACAGGAAGAAAUGAAGCGGCAGAAGAGAGAGGAGGAAGAACGGGACCGGCUUGAAAAGGAGAGGCAGAGAAAAAGGGAGGAGGAGGAGAGAGAGCAUCAGAGGCGACUGGAAGAGGAGGCCAGGCAGAAACAGCAACAGCUGGAAGAGGAGAGGAGGAGACAACAAAAAGAAAAACUCGAACAGACUCUCAGAGAAGAGAGAGAGAAAGAUCGGCAGAGGGAGCAAGAGAAAGAGAUAUGGGGGGAUGUUAAAGACGAAGACAAGCAGCGGCCAGUCUCCGCCAAAGAGGAGGUUGCCACAUGCGAUGAUCUGAUCAGUUUUGGGGCAGACGAGCCUCCUCAGCCUGCCCCACGAACUCUAGCACCAUCCGUCCCGGCUGGCACCGACUCUGCACCAUCUAGCGCAGCGCUCCCGCCCGAGGUCACCUACGACGACUUCUCGGCCAGGCCCCGCAGGAGGGGCACCAGGCCAAGGACAAGGUCCCCUACAAGCACCCCUCUGGACGACAGGCCCUCUGCCAGGCCCAGGGCGGAGGAGGCGGCACUGGAUGAGGAUGAGAAGCUGCUCUGGAGGAGGAGGGUGGAGAGAAGGGAGCCUGUGGAGGAGGAGGAGGAGGAGGAGGUUGUGGAGGAGUCGGUGGAUGAGCCAACUGUUCCAGAGGUGGAGCCGCAGAAGAGAAGGAGCCCCAGCCCCAGCCCAGUGCUGGAGACUGCCAAGCAGCAGGAGGAGCGCGCCAGCCAGGAAAGCCAGGCCACCCUGGAGCCUGGUGCAACUCGGGAGGAGCUGGAGGAAGCAGCCAGGCCAGUCGAGGAGAAGCUAAAGCAUGUUGUGGAUGAGACCAGGGGGCAGGACACAGAUGCUUUGAUACUAGACUCUGACGCCCAUGACAACGCUCAGGAAGCAGACAAAAGCCAUUCUCCGGAAAUCAGCCAAUCCCCAGAGAGCGAAGAACCUCAGGAGGCGCCCACUGCUGAGGCUGAAGAUGACACGGUCAACAACGAGCUUCCUGCAGAGCCAGAGCUCCCUCCCUUCCCUGAGUUUACGACACCUCUGCUAGACUCCAGUGUUCUGCGCACGAGGGUGGAGCUCGGUAAGAGAAGGAGCACACGGACACGUCCUCCCAAAGCCAGUCGCCAGAGCGCCGCCUUGGCCACGGUGGACGAGGCCUCCUCCCCCGACUGGAGGUUCUGUGACACUGCAGAUGGGAAAGCGCCAGACGUUCAGGAGGAGUCUGACGAAUCAGAGGAUGAGCAGCCUCGAGAGAAGGAGCCGCGAGAGAAGGAACCGAGCCCUGCCCCCCCUCAGCCAUCGCCUCAGCCCUCUCAGCCCUCUCAGACAUCCAGGAUUGCCUUGCCUGGCCUCACCCUCGACGCCGCCUCUCUAAAGGCCCGUCUGUUUGGGAAGAGGCGGAGUGGAGAUGUGGGAGCAGCAGCAGCAGCAGCAGCAUCACCCCCACCAGGAGGUGGAGGAGGAGGAGGAGGAGGAGAUGGAGACAGCCAGAGCGAGACCAGCACCCCCUCUCCCCCCGUCCCACCUGCCCGCACCCGUGGGCCCAGAGUACUGCCCCCUAUGGGAGCAAAGGAAGGCGGUCCCUCCCCAUCAUGGCUGAAGGAGCUGAAGAGCAAGCAGCGGCUGAGCCAGCACGGCCAACCAGACAGCAACGCGUAACCUGGGCAACAGGAAGUGACAUCCGAGGCUGAAACCCAGAUGACACAGACGUUGCUGCUGCUACCCCUCCAGCCUCCCUCCCUGCAGCCGUGCACAUUGCCGUGCCUUCUGGAACUUUCUCAUGAAAUGUCCGCACAUCACAGGACGGAGGUUGGGAGGUUGUUGGCCUUGACCUCCUCUUGCUCGAGCUACCUGUGGAUCCCUGGUUUUACGACGUGGUCAUAAGGGAUUCAGGCUUGAAGACACUUUACCACCCACAAUGGACAGACUGACAAGCUGCAAGAUUUUUUUUUGCAUCUAUUAGAAGAUGAAAAUAUGUUUAAUUGCGAGGAGACCGUGAGAGACCACUUUGGUCUUCUUCAAGAUGCACUUUAGGGAGAAGAGACCACAGGACCAAGUGCCUCCAAACUGAGUGUAUUUGUUGUUGUUUUUUAUUUUUGUAAUCAUGGAUCAAAAAAUGUUUAUGCUUUGCCAUGACUAUGCAUUCAGCAGAUAUAUAUAUAUAAAUGCAGGUAAACACCACGUCAAACCUCUGUAUAUUUGCAGAUUUCCACUAAAGAAUACAUAUUAAUCUCUUGCAUUAUGACGUUCACUUGCUUUGAUUCAUUCAUUCAUGUACAUACAACAUUCCCCAAACUGUUUCCUAAAGCCAAUGCAACCAUUGUGAGCACCAGUUAUGAUUAGAGACAGAAAGCGCUUUUCACCUGAUGUCAAAACUCUGACUCCUAUAGUCUUUCAGAUUUAAAUGUACCUGAUGAGUUACACUUACUCCUGAAUGCCAGGUCAGUGACAUGUCACCAUGCAAAAUGAGGCUGCCAGCAUGCCAGCCAGUCUCCCGAUGCCAUCCACUGCCAUUGUCUCUGUGUGCCAUCCAUUGCCAUUCUGUGCCUACCAGUGCCAAAAUGUCACCCAUGCUGGCACUAGUGCAAGUGGCUGAACGAACGUGACCACCACCACCACCACCCCAUGUCACCUCCCUUAAUCCACCACCAGAAAGCGCUUGCCAUGCCACUGCCACCCUGCCAUAAGCACUUUGUGAAUGGAGACGUCUGAUUGCUGGUCCCUGCCCAUACAAAAAAAAAAAGAUUACGUGUAAUUUACAUAAAUCCUGUUUCUUGAUGACUGAGUGAUAAUGGGUAAUUACAUUUUUGUGUUUUUACAUGUAUCGUUUUACUUUGCCAACUUGCUUCUUUGUCUGCUGCCAUGUUUUGUUGUCUUUGUCUUUGUUUGUCUGGUUCCCUCUGCAAAGCUCUAUUUUUUCUGUCGAUAGGGAGACGUUUUACACAUGAAUGGGUAAUAUAUGUAUUUUGAAAAAGCAAUCAUGGGAAUUCUCUAUUAAAAUAAUUUUGAUGGGGAUUUA